GGCAGAAAUGAGCCAGAGAUGGAUUCGCUUAAAGUGACGCUGCUCAUAUUACACGCCUUCUGCAUGUUGGAACCUGCUGCUACAGAUGUGAGAGACAGUCAUCGGUGUGUGAAUGACUUCAUAUCCACAUUCAAGUGCUCCUUGAGUCGUAUACCAGCCAACUUGACCUUGUCCACUUAUCACUCCUACUGGUUGACUUUCGGGAAGAAAAAUGACUACAGAAGCCCGACGCACGCCUGCAUGCUGUCAAACACCAGCGGAGGUUUCUACUCCUGCUCUGUGUCAACAAACACAACGGACUCGUCUCGUUUCAAGUGCUUGAAGGAUUAUGACUUCUUUCUGAUCUCGCUCUGUGGAAAACUAAGCGAUGGCGCGGAGACCUGCCAAUUGCUUGAUGACCGCUACAGACCAGCCUCAAACAUUACACCGAAUGCACCAUGCUGCCUCACCGCCAGACACAACUCAAGUCAAUACCACUUCGCAUGGAAACACACCUACGAAAAAUGUUUCUCCACUUUCAAGAAACACCUCACCUACCAACUUAAUUUCUACAAAAGGCAGGACAAACAUGGGAUAUUUCAAAAGAUCAGCAUCGACACUUUGUACUACUCUGUGAAUGAUAGUUUAUUGGUGGCGGACACAGAAUACGCUGCCAAAGUGAGGUCCAAGCCAGGUGCCCCGCCUUUCUUUGGAGACUGGAGUGACUGGUCCAGUGAGGUCCACUGGAAGACACCCAGUAAUCAAGCAGGAUUUCUCUCCAUAUACAGCAAGGAGGUCUUCAUAACUUUAGGUGUCAUGGCCACACUUGUCUUGCUUUUGUGCUGUGCUCGGUUUGAAAAGUGGAGACGAGGUGCCUUCAUCCCAACACCAGCGCUCUACUGCCAAGGAGAUUUUAGGAACUGGGCGGACACUCAAACAAACAUGACUGCCAUGCUGAAGCCAGAAGAGAUGCUUCAUAUUGACAGCCUGACAUCCAAAGAAGUCUACAGAGAGGAGGGACCAUCACAGAAUAAGAGGAAUACAUAUGAAAACAUUGGCGAUGCUGAAUGUGAUGCUCAUCCGGUGGGUGUCAAAGUGAGAACAAUGCCCAGCACCGAUUUAUCGCCUUUUCAGGAUAAGGCAGGGUUCAACAGUGUUCCCCCCACUGAGGGAGAUUCAUCCUGGUACUGCCAUGAAUACUGCACACUUAGUACUUUUCAGCAGCACAAGCUAACAGCAAGAAAUUGCCAAAUGUUGCCAUGAAACAGAGCAUUGACAAGAUGACCAUUGAAGAGUAAUUUUCAGAAAAUAUAUAAACAUGUGUUCAAUGGAAAGCAUUUGUGGGAAGUGCAUGCUUUUCUUGGGAGCAACCAUAUUGUGUAGUAACGCUCAAGCAAUAAAGCAAAAAAAACCUUU